AUACUAAAUAAACUUCGUGCCCUUGUCAUUUCAGUCAAGACAGGUACUCCUUCAGAUGACGAUUUAGAGGAGCUUGCCGACAUGCUUGCCGACAACUGGCAAAAAGUGGGGCGUCGACUGGGAAUUGACCAAGCAAGAAUAACCGCAUAUCAUAAAGAAAAUGAGAAACUAUCAGAGAAAGCUUUUAAAAUGUUAUUGGAUUGGAAGCAGAGCAAGGGCUCCGAUGGUACCUACCAGGAUUUGUAUGACGCAUUGUGCCAUAAAUUGGUAAAGUGUAAACUUAUAGCGGAAGAAGUCUGCUGUGAUAAUCAGUGA